GAAAAAGAGGAGUGCUGCCAAAGUUUGGGUCAGAUCGGCUCGUGGAGUAAAGCAGCGGUGAGAGACUUGGACGAGAGUUAGCCACACGGUCCCCACGCGAAGGACACGAGAGCUGUGCACUGCCAACCCCCUUCUUUCCGCUCGUCCUCCCACUUCUCGUCCCAGCCGCUCGGGCCCCCGCAUCCAUCACCUCCACGACAACUGUCACCGAGAUGGAAACCACAACCAUCACCACCACGCAGACCGCUUUCACCUUUGGACUUAAAGAAAGACACGCCACCCUCAGCCUGCACGCCCCGGCACAGGACUGCGCCGUGCCCGCCGCGCACCCCGACGCCGGGAACCCCAAGGUGCUGAAGAGACAGCGCUCCAGCUCCCCGGAGCUCCUGCGCUGCAAGCGGCGCCUGAGCUUCAACGGCCUCGGCUACUCCAUCCCCCAGCAGCAGCCCGUGGCCGUGGCGCGGCGGAACGAGCGGGAGAGGAACCGGGUCAAGCAAGUCAACAUGGGCUUCCAGACGCUGCGUCAGCACGUGCCCAACGGCGCCGCCAACAAGAAGAUGAGCAAAGUGGAGACCCUGAGGUCUGCGGUGGAAUACAUCAGGGCGUUACAGCAACUGCUGGACGAGCACGACGCCGUGUCCGCUGCUUUCCAGUGCGGGCUGCCGUCCCCGACGCUCUCCAACAGCUACUCUGCCGAACCGGAGUCGCCACACUCCACCUACUCGUCAGAUGAAGGCGGCUACGAGCCCCUGAGCUCCGAGGAACAGGAGCUGUUGGACUUUACAACCUGGUUCGACAGGUACUGAGGCUGACUGCGUCAAACCCACCACACACACACACAGCAGCGUCUGUGCGUAAAAGCAGCUGACUUCUCUCAGAAAUGCUGACAUAGACUUGACACAGGCAUCAGAUCAGUGUCGCCCUCUGUCCUUGGACGUGAACUGUUGCCUCCCUCCCUCAUCCGGGCUGCUUCUGCAGGAGCAAAGCAAUAGUGAGAGAGUGACAGAGAGAGACAGAGAAAGAGAGAGAGAGAGAGCCUCUUGUUGCAUUGAGCACAAAUAGUCGCCCUGAAGUCCCCACGACAAGGAGGGAGUUGGACUCACUGGAAGGAAAGAACUGUUGAUGUUAUGUUUGAAUAAGUGCAAUUACCAUGUGACACAGCAGCAGCAGCAGCAGCAGGUCGCGUGGAGACGGUGCUGCAGCUCCAGAGGACUUGUUGGAUGAGUGUCUCACCAGAGCAGCACUGCCUUCCUCUGCUGCCGUGCACGUCACAACAAAGAUGAUGCAUCAACAGACUGUUGCGUUUUUUUUUUUGUCAUGGUGUACAUUUCCGGUUUCAAAACAACAAAGUGUAUCAUAUUGUUUUAACAUGAAGACAUAUUUUUGUACGAAAACAAAGCAAUGUUCUCGAACAACAGCCACUGCCACUUGUGUUGUGAGGAGCAGCUGACAGAGAGGCAGGAGUGACUGUGACAGUUGUGACAGCAAUAUCAAGGCUACUACCUGUGACAGACUGUAGGUUUUUUUUAUGAAUAGCUAUAGGUGGU